ACGUGCAAUCUUCUCUCCGGCUACCAGCAGUGCGAGCUGCUGCUAGAGUCUGUCGCCUGCGCCGCUACAUGCAACCCUGACAUGGGUAACUACGUCAUCAAGUACAAUGAGGGCCCCACAAUCACCAUCUGCCCCGCGUUUGCCGACCAACUUUACGCAGCCUGCAAGGAUUCGCGAUUCGGAAUCAUGAACAACGUCACCGACGCUACCACGUUCGCCAGCGCCUCUCUGACGGGUUUCGGCGCAAUGUUCGGCAUCAUUGCGUUCAAAGCGGUCGUGGAUAGC